CUGACGUCCACGUGCAUUUUGCUCAAUUCGUACAAUCCCUCGGAAACACUUGCUCGCGUCUCUCUCUCUUCGCCUCUCCACCUUUCCCCAUUUCUUCUACUUUCGCAUUCCCUUCGCCUCAAAGCGGCACGCAGGUCGGCCAUUCCCGUCACGCUGCACGCCACCAGCUCGCCUCCUCUCUCCCUCGCGGCAGGUUCGCCGACCUGUCCGUGCCUCGACCGGUUGAAGCUCGAGUCCGGUCUGCGCCGCAGGUGCAUGUUGGUGGUUCUCUGUUCUCUGUUCUUAGUCGUUUGCCACCGUCGGCGCCACUUUUCGCCACUCGGACGACGCUAGCCAACAGCCCUCCAAACACACACACAAACCAGACUGGCUUGUACGUUUCCGCUCCCUCGU